UUGAAUCAAUAUGUUUUGUUUUGGCUUGCUGAAUGUUUGAUAUAGUGAAGAUUGCUGUUCUUAUGUUUUCUUUCUGUUGAUUUUAUCUAUUUAUUUAACCUUUUUUUUUUCUUGCAUCCGUUCUAGAGUUUUGAGAAAUUUGGAAAUAAUCAAUGGCAGCUCCAGGGGGACCUAGACCAAGGAAUGCGCCUCCACCCAAUUAUAACCCUAAUGCACUUGCUGAUGGUAUGCAAAAUCUACAAGUAAAUAGGCCCAAUCAGCCACCUGGUGCUCCUAGGCAUAAUACCCCAUUUGGGCAGCAGCCACCUUUUGCUGGUGGACCACCUGUUAGUCGUCCGGGACCUCCACCGCCUGGUGUGUUCCCAAGAGGCCCUGCAUCUCCUAGUGGUCCUCCACAGACUGGAUUGUCUCCUCCCGUGGCUCAGUCUGUUCCUACCUUUGCAUCUCGGCCACCUCCUCCUGGUGUAAUGCCUCCUUCUAUGGGUGGUGCACCCCCGCCACCUGGGUCUUUGCCUUCUGGAUUGGGUUCUCGUCCCGGGCCUCCGGGUCCUUUUUCUUCUUCGCCGUUGACAACAGGUCCUGCUAUGCCGCCACCAUCAAGCAUUUCUAGCUCGGUUAGUAAUGGGCCACCGUUAGGGGGUCCGGGAAUGAUGCAGGGUGGAGCACGUUUUCCUCCUCCAAGCAAUGCAAUGAGGCCACCAUUUGGAGCUCCUCCAUCAGCUAUGGUUUCACCAGGCGCUUCUUCUCAGCCUUUAGGCAUGCGCUCACCCUUUGGAAGUUCGUCAUCUGUCAGCACGACACCAGUUACAGCACAACCACCACCACCAUUUUCAGGUUCAUUUCAGAAUGUGCCACCUCCCCCAGGUUCCUCCCCAUUUGCAGCACCUUCUCAAGCCAUGCCUCCACCCAUGGGCGCUCCACACAUGGGUGCUCCUUAUGGAACACAGUCGUGGCAACUGCCACCCCAUCAGGGGGCUCCACCUUCUGCUCUUCCUGGUUCCAUGCAACCACCAAGUAUGUAUGGGAUGGCGCCUCCCCUUUCAAAUCAGGCAGUGGCUUCGAUAACUUCUUCUAUUGGCCAUUCCAGCCCAUCAAAAGUUGAUCCAAAUCAAAUCCCGCGCCCUAUUCCAAAUGCUUCUGUAGUUCUGCAUGAAACCCGACAAUGCAACCAAGCCAAUCCCCCUCCGCCUGCCACAAGUAACUAUAUUGCUAGGGACACUGGAAAUUGCAGCCCAUGGUUAGAUACCACGCACUGUUGACCUUUUGACAACUUCGGCAAUGCAAUUGGCUUUAUUGAUCCAGCCCUUGGCUCUUCCUCAUCCAUCUGAACAGCCCCUUCAGGUAAAGCAUUUUUUGCCAUCUAUGUAUUCUAAUUUUAAUAGCCU